AGUGCUUCGAGCAGUGCCUUGGUCUUCACAUCGGCCAGUGUAUCUCCAAGUAUCUCGCCAUCAACGUCUAUUAGUUUGUCAGCCAGUGUCUCGACCAGUGCCUCACCCUCCACAACGCCCAGUGUAUCGCCAAAUACCUCGGCCUCAACCUUUGCUAGUGUGCCAGCCAGUGUGUCGACCAGUGACUCGGCCUCUACAUCGCCCAGUGUGUCAACGAGUGUAUCCGCCUCCACGUCUGCCAGCGUGUCAGCCAGUGUGUCAACCAGUUUCUCGGCUUCCACCUCUAAUAGCGUUUCAGCCAGUGUGUCUAACAGUGUUUCGCUCUCCUUAUCGCCCAGUGUGUCGCCAAGUGUCUCUGCCACAACCUCUGCUAGCCUCUCAGCCAGUAUGUCGACCAGCGCCUCGGCGUCAACAUCGACUAGUCUAUCACCAAGUUUCUUGGCCUCAACCUCUGCUAGUGUGGCAGCCGGUGCUUCCAACAGUGACUCGGCAAGUAUAUUUGCCUCCAUCUCUGCUACAGUUUCAGGCAGUGUAUCAAGCAGUGCCUCAGGCUCCAGAUCGACCAGUGUGUCGCCAAGUAUCUCGGCCUCAACCUCUGCUAGUCUCUCACGAAGUGCUUCGAGCAGUGCCUUGGUCUUCACAUUGACCAGUGUAUCCCCAAGUAUCUUGCCCUCAACGUCUAUUAGUGUGUCAGCCAGUGUCUCGACCAGUGCCUCACCCUCCACAACGCCUAGUGUGUCACCAAGUAUCUCGGCCUCAACCUCUGCUACUCUGACAGCCGGUGUGUCCACCAGUGCCUCGGCUUCGACGUCGACCAUUGUAUCAGCAAGUGUCUCGGCCUCAACCUCUUCUAGUGUGUCAGCCAGUGUGUCGAUCAGUGACUCCACAUCGGCCACCACAUCGCCCAGUGAGUCACCAGGAGUCUCUGCCUCAAUCUCUACUAGCGUAUCAGCCAGAGUGUCGACCAGUACCUUGGCCUCCGCAUCGCCCGGUGUCUCGCCAAGUACCUCGGCCUCAACCUCUGCUAGUGUGUCAGCCAGUGUGUCGACCAGUGACUCAACGUCUACAUCUCCCAGUGUGUCGGCAAGUGUUUCCGCCUUCACAUCUGCUAGCGUGUCAGCCAGUGCGUCGAGCAGUGCUUUAGCCUCCACAUCGACCAGUGUGUCUCCAAGUAUCUCGGCUUCUUCCUCGGCUAGUCUCUCAGACAGUGUGUUGAGCAGUACCUCGGCCUUAACAUCGACCAGUGUAUCGCCAAAUACCUUGGCCUCAACCUCUGCUAGUGUGUCAGCCAGUGUGUCGAUCAGUGACUCGGCGUCUACAUUCCCCAGUGUGUCAGCAAGUGCAUCCGCCUUCACAUCUGCUAGCGUGUCAGCCAGUGCGUCGAGCAGUGCUUCAGCCUCCACAUCGACCAGUGUGUCUUCAAGUAUCUCGGCCUCUUCCUCGGCUAGUCUCUCAGACAGUGUGUUGAGCAGUACCUCGGCCUUCACAUCGACCAGUGUAUCGGCAAAUAUCUCACCAAGUUUCUCGGCCUCAACCUCUGCUAGUGUGUCAGCCAGUGCUUCCAGCAGUGACUCGGCCUCUACAUCCCCCAGUGUCUCGGCAAGUAUAUCUGCCUCUAUCUCUGCUACAGUUUCAGGCAGUGUAUCAAGCAGUGCCUCGGGCUCCAGAUCGACCAGUGUGUCGCCAAGUAUCUCGGCCUCAUUCUCUGGUAGUCUUUCACGAAGUGCUUGGAGCAUUGCCUCGGUCUUCACAUCGACCAGUGUAUCCUCAAGUAUCUCGCCCUCAACGUCUAUUAGUGUUUUAGCCAGUGUC